GCAGUUCACCGCUAGGAUGCCUAGAGUCAACGUGUUAUUGGGAACUUCACUACUUUUUAUUGUAGCCGGGAUAUGCCUAUUAACUUACAAGGCAUAUCAUACCGAUAUAUUUAAAGUGCCAAAACCGAGGCGAUACUACCAGCAACAUGGAAACAAGACGAUUAGAAUACAAGAAAUGCAAGAAAGAAAAAACCUCAUGCAGGAAAAAUGUCGAAAACACACUCGAUAUUAUCGGGAUUUAACUAAGCAUCGGGACACAUUUUGGAAGCACAUUUUUGAAGACAAUUUUUAAAACAUUGCUCAAUAACUUAACUGAGAAAAAUCCCUUUAAAACCUACGCUCACCAAUUAACCGGAAGCAUACAUGGCGAAAAAUUGCCAACGCUAAAGGAUUUUAACGAAACUGAGCAAGAUGAAAUUCUGAGAACAUAUACGAAGGUAAUGUUUGUCAGAGAUCCUCUGAGAAGACUUUUUUCUGCAUAUGAAAAUAAAUUUGUCACUAUAAAUGUUCCCUAUUGGUCAGGAGUUGGCCGGCAUUUAGUCAAGACAUUUCGUGAAAACCCGAGCAAUAAAUCCCAGGCCUGUGGCUAUGAUGUUGCAUUUGCCGAGUUCCUAAGUUUCGUUAUAUCAAGUUUUGAAAAACAUUUCGAAAAUGUCAUGGAUUCUCAUUGGAAGCCAUUUGAUGUCUUGUGUGAUCCGUGUCUGAUCAAAUACGACAUUGUAGGGAAAAUGGAGACAUUCCAUGACGAUAUUCAGCACGUACUGCGUACUAUUGGAGCAGGAGAUAAAAUACGACUUCCUACGGCCGACACCCCUAGCUUGGAACUACGAAGAGUAACAAUAAAUCGUGAGAUCGAGGGGUCAUUUUCUCAGUUUCCAAAAUUGAAAUUCUGUUUUUCUAAAAAUGAAUUCGUUGUAAGAAUUGUCCAAAACUUUAUCAGCCAUGGGUAUAUCGAACCGUUAGACGCCAACUCAAUUCAUGAUUUGUUAGAAAUACCGCAUGGACCAAAUAUUGCAUCAAAUUUGACUCAAUUGGUCUUUAAUCGUAUGGAUAAAAGUAACCAAACUAAUUUGCUAUACCUUCCGUUAAAAACACAAAAAGCUGAGUAUGCUAAUCUGCCGAAAGACAUGUUAUACAGACUGAAAUUGGUCUAUCAGAAUGACCUUGUAUUGUUUGGUUAUGAUUACUGACACAGAAAAG